UGUACUGUAUACAGUGGCGCUCGGAAGUACCGGUGCGCUUGUUUGGGGGAGUGGUUUGUGUGUGUGUGUAUUUAUAAAAAACGCAAACGACACUUUGAAAUACGAAGUUAUGUUAAUUGCUGGCGUAUGACAACAGCAACAAUGCCGAGAGUAUCCCAGUAACAGUGAAUUUUGGAUGUGUAAUUAGAACGCAUAAAAGAAUUUACGCAGUCUUUCGAACUAGUUGGCACAGAAAAUGAUAUUGCCCGAUCCAUUUGUAUUAAGUAUAUGCCUUGUGGAUACUGGAGGCGUGCUGUUUUUGUUGGUUUAUUUUGUGAUUACAUUAUCGGAUUUGGAAUGUGAUUAUCUUAAUGCUCAGCAGUGCUGUUCGAAGCUAAAUUUUUGGACUAUUCCAAAAAUCGUAGCACAGCUGUUUAUUGAAGUGUUACUUUUGCUGCAUGGCCAUUGGGGUCUUUUCCUGAUGAAUAUUCCCAUAACAGGCUGGUUUGUUUGGGAGUAUAUGAAAGUGCCAACUGGAAAUACAGGAGUAUACGAUCCAACUGAGAUUCAUAAUCGUGGUCAGCUAAAGAGGCAUAUGUGGCACUGUAUGAUUUAUCUGUGCUACUUCCUCGUGGCCUUUUUUAUAUAUUUAUAUUGUCUGAUUAUCUCCCUGCUGAAAGCAAGCCCGUUUAAAAGGCCAGAUGAGGAUACUCUGUCAGAAAUGUGAAGACUUCUGUUUUACGGAGACUGCCUUUAUUUAUUUUGUUUAGUGAAGUUCAAAUUUGCAGCAUGUGCAACUAAAGUGUUGCUUUCAAAUAUUGGAUGUGUGUGAUUCCAAGACUCAAAAGACUAUUAGCCAGAAAGAACAAAGCUGUCCAUUAACAAAAAAAAAUAAAAUAAACAUAAGAACUCAAUGUGUAUGAAUUUAGAUUUUUCAUGCAUUGUUAUUAUAUAAAUAUGCAUUUUGCAUAUUUCUUACAGUUUUGAGAAAUCUCAUUACCAACAUUGUCAGAAACUGUACAAAAAAUUUCUUUGUAAUUGUCAAUAAAAUGAUUCAUUUUUUAAUCAGUA